UAACCUUAAAACCAUUCAGUAAAUCCCAAAAUAAAUAUAAAUAUACAUAUAAUGGCAUGUUAUUUGAAUGAGAAUGUGUAUACACAUACAUUUACUCCUAAGGAGUAUCAAGUGGAAUUAUUGGAAUCGGCAAAAAAAAGAAAUACAAUAGUAUGUUCGAGUACUAGUUCUUCAAAAGCUUUCACAGUAGUGAAAUUACUGCAAGAAUUCUCAUGGCAAAUGCGAAAGAUCCCUAGCAAAAGAGCUUUAUUUAUUUUAGAUUUACAGAAUGUACCUAUUAUGACAUGCCAUGUUAAAUAUCUGACUGAUUUAAAUGUUGUAAGUAUCACAAAAAGUAUUGAAGAAAUAGAACAUAUCAAGGAGUAUUUAAAUAAUUAUCAAGUAAUAAUAACUACUGCGGAAAUUUCUGUAGAAAUAUUAAGUCGUGAGGAUGUUAUAGAGGAUUUGGCUUAUUUCAAUCUCUUAGUUAUCGACGAUUGUCUUUAUGGUCAUCGUCAAACAUUCAUAAAAUUUAUUAUGAACAAAUAUAGAAAUUUACCCAAAGACAAACCACGAAUUCUUGGUUUAACGACAGGACUGUUAGGGUUGGAAUUACAACCAGACCGAUUAGAAGCAGAGCUAAGGCGCCUGGAAAAAUUGCUAAAUUGUUCUGUAGAUACAUCAUCUGAAAUAGUAACCUUAAUUCGCUUAUCCUGUCGUCCACGGGAAAAUAUUAUCGAAUGUUCACGAUUUCAACAGUUCGAUUUGCAUCUUAGUAUAAAAUCUAUAGUGAAUUACUCAAAAUUGUUUUUAUUAGAGCACCGUUAUGAUCCUAGUGAAAUAUAUGAUGACGAACUCUUAGAAGAGCUGAAAGAAGUACCUAAUCCAAAAGACACUCCAUUGCAAUUACUGAAUGAUUUCCUAGAGAUUCUCGAAGAUUUAGGACCAUGGGGUGCUGAUAAGGCAGCUCUGCAUAUUCUUUCAAAAAUAGAAAAAUUGAAAGUUAAAGUCCCUUAUGAAAGACACUACCUCUUACUUUGUAUGAUUUCGUCGACACUGGUUACUGUCAGGGCAGCUUGUGAUUAUGAGUUUGAAAAAUUAGAUGAUCCAGAGAGAUUAAGACAGUACUCUACACCUAAAGUUUUAAAAUUCAUUGAAAUUUUAAAACAGUUUAAACCUCCUGGAGAAAAACCAAAUAGUGCAGAAAAGGUAACUGAAACAGAUAUUCCUACUAAUGCAAGAGGAAAGAGUAAAACUUCAAGGAGAUCUUUUGUUUCAAGACCGCAGAGUGAAGAAAUUUUGUGUGCGCUCAUUUUUGUUCAUAAUCGCUAUAAGGCAAAAGCGAUUUUCGCACUAUUAUGCGCUUUAUCCCAAACGGAUGAUGACUUCUGGUGGGUAUCAACAUUAUUUUCUGUUGAGAAGGUCGCAGAUCCAAUAAGAGAACCUCGAGAGGCCGAACAUGAACAUAAGACUCAGGAAGAGGUCUUACGAAAAUUUAGAUGCCAUGAAUGUAAUAUAUUAGUAACUACUUCUUUAUUGGAACAGGGCUGUGAUUUACCAAAAUGCAAUCUAGUUAUAAGAUUUGACUUACCGAAAACAUUCCACAGUUAUAUUCAAAGUAAGGCAAGGGCUCGUGCGACUGAUGCUUAUUAUAUUUUAUUUGCGAACGAAGACGAGAUACCGUCAUUUGUUUCAAAUUUAGCAGAAUAUAAUGAAGUCGAAAAUACCUUGUUGAAAAGAUGUAGUAGUUUAGAGCCUGAUAAAGAGGAGGAACUGUUGGCAGAUGCUUACUCUACUUGCUGCAAACCAUAUCAACCAUUACCAGAAUACGGAGCACCAUGUGUCACACUGGAAAAUGCUAUUCCUCUGUUAAAUAAGUAUUGUGCCAAAUUACCAAGUGAUACAUUUACUCGCCUAACACCUUUGUGGUAUGAGGAAAAAGACUUAUCUGGACAAUGUAUUUGCCACAUUAGACUUCCUAUUAAUUCACCCGUUAAACAGACGGUUACCAGUCCUCCGAUGCCUAACAGCUUACUUGCUAGACGUGCUGCUGCUUUCAUGCUUUGCCAACUUUUACAUAAGACAAAAGAGUUAGACGAUUAUUUGCAACCGAUAAAUAAAGAGAAUUUUCGUGCAACGGAAGAUGAUUGGAACAAUUUCACUCUCGAUGAGCCAGAUGAUGAAAAUUCUGAUAUUAGACCAGGUACCACUAAAAGACGUCAGUAUUAUUAUAAACGAAUUGCUGAUGCUUUACUCAAUUGCCAUCCAGUUGCUGGCCAACCUACUUAUUUUUAUAAAAUAAUUAUGACUCUUACGUGUCCACUUCCAGAGGAACAGAACACCAGGGGUAGAAGAAUAUAUCCACCAGAAGAGUCCCCGCAAGGUUUCGGGAUUCUAACUUCAAAGGAAAUACCAAAGAUAUCUGCUUUUCCAAUAUUUACUAGGUCAGGUGAAGUAUGUGUGGAUUUGGAACUGAUUUCACAGAGCAUAGUUUUGAACAAUGAUCAAAUAAAAAGGAUUAGAGAAUUUGUGAAUUACACAUUUACGAGUGUGUUAAGACUUCAAAAAUAUUUAAUGCUUUUCAACCCAGAUGCCUCCUCCAAUAAUUAUUUAAUAGUACCUACGCUUAAUGCUGACGGUGGGGUCGAAGUUGACUGGCAAUUUGUAGACUUGAUUUUUGAAAAUUUGACCACUGUUCCUGUGAUAAUACCAGAUGAUGAUAGGAAAAGCUAUGUUUUUAACGCAGAAGAAUAUCGAGAUGCUGUUGUUAUGCCUUGGUAUCGUAACCAAGAUCAGCCACAAUAUUUUUAUGUUGCAGAAAUUUGUCAUAAUCUUAAUCCAACAUCUGCCUUUCCUGGAUCAGAAUAUGCGACAUUUGAGGAGUAUUAUUUAAGAAAGUAUGGUAUUCAGAUACAGAGUUUAACUCAGAACUUGCUAGAUGUUGACCACACUUCAGCUAGAUUAAACUUUUUAACUCCACGAUAUGUUAACAGAAAAGGUGUUGCUUUACCAACAAGUAGCGAAGAAACAAAAAGAGCUAAAAGAGAAAAUUUAGAGCAGAAGCAAAUAUUAGUUCCGGAACUUUGUUCAAUACAUCCCUUCCCUGCGUCACUCUGGAGGAAAGCUGUUGCCUUACCAUGCAUACUCUAUAGAAUUAAUGCAUUGCUUUUAGCUAAUCAAAUUCGAGAAACAGUGGCUUUUGCUUUAAAUUUAGGCAAAGUUAAGUUACCUGAAGAUUUUAAAUGGCCCUCUUUAAAUUUUGGUUGGAGCUUAUCAGAUGUAUUGAAGAAGUCUAGAGAAGACGAGCUUAAAAAACAAGAGGAGAAAUUAAAAUUACUGGAACAGAGGGCAGAGGAGAAGCUGCAAGAAUUGAAAAUAACUGAAAUUAGUGACGAUAUGAAGACGGAACAAACUGAAUCGCCUUUGGAAGAAAGCGAGGAUGAAAAUUCAAAUGACGAGAAGUGGAUAGAGAUUGGAACAUGGUGUAAUGAAAUGGCAGAAGUGACUGAUACAGUUGGUACGAGCGCUGUAGUGCGCUAUGCUUCGCCGACUAGUUGGUUGAAUUUAGAUAAUAUUUAUGACGAUUUUUCUGAUACCGAUUCAGAUUUAACAAUUGAAGAUUCAGGAUCCGAAUGGGGUGGAUUAAGAAUUGAAUUUACUGGUGAUCACCAAGCUGAAGCCGUAGAAGAUGAUCAUGAUGAAGAUAAAGAGUUUUAUUUAUUUGACGAUAGCAAUGCUUGGAAAAUCGAUGAUGACAGUGAACUCACUGAAGCCUUAAGGACAGAUUUCCAUGAAGCAUGUGCAAAGAAUAAAGAAUAUAUUCUGUCCAGUGGAAUAUUAGUGAGAUCAGACUGUGAAUUUCAAAGAAAUCCUAAUAGAAACCACACGGAACAGAAAAGUAUUAAAACCAGUUUGGAUAGUUUUGAUUUUAACAUUCUUUUCAUAAAUGAAAUAAAAGCUCCCAGAUCAUUCGAAAUUAAGUACACGGAAUAUGUUAACGACUACGACAUAUCAGAGACUCUAACAUUUAGUUUUGAUAGACAGCCUAAUUUGGAGGAACAUCCUGGUCCUAGUCCAAAUGUUCUAUUACAAGCAUUAACAAUGUCGAAUGCAAAUGACGGUAUCAAUUUGGAACGUCUAGAAACAAUUGGCGAUUCAUUUUUAAAAUACGCUAUUACCAAUUACCUCUAUGCCAAAUACGAGAAUGUUCAUGAAGGCAAAUUAAGCCAUCUGCGCUCAAAACAAGUAAGCAAUCUUAAUCUGUACCGCCUUGGUAAGAGAAAAGGACUAGGUGAAUUUAUGAUAGCUACUAAGUUCGAUCCACAUGAUAAUUGGCUUCCGCCUUGUUUCUAUGUUCCGAAAGAACUUGAAGAAGCUCUGAUAGAUGCUCAAUUUCCAGCAAAUUGUUGGACAGUCGCCGAUAUGGCUGCUACACGAAAUAUGACUUUAGAUGAUAUUUGUUCAAUGGUUCGUGAGAGAGGUGAAGGUUAUUCAUUGCCGAAUGUAAUCCCCUAUAAUCUAGUGACACAACACAGUAUACCUGAUAAAAGCAUAGCAGAUUGUGUAGAAGCAGUGAUUGGAGCAUACCUUAUUGAAUGCGGACCCCGUGGUGCUCUCCUUUUUAUGGCAUGGCUAGGAAUAAGAGUUUUACCUAAAAUCGACGACGGAUCUUAUGGUGAAGUUGAGUUGCCACGAUCGCCUCUAUUAAGACAUAUUGCAGAUCCAGAAGGUGAAUUAGAACGAUUACUUGAUGGAUAUGAUAAAUUUGAACGUCACAUUGGAUACAAAUUUAGAGAUCGUUCCUAUUUAUUACAGGCACUAACUCACGCUUCAUACUCUCCAAAUCAACUUACCGAUUGUUAUCAGCGCUUAGAAUUUUUAGGAGAUGCAGUACUGGAUUACUUGAUUACCAGACAUCUUUAUGAAGACCCAAGAAUGCACUCACCUGGCGCUUUAACUGAUUUGAGGUCAGCUUUGGUAAAUAACACAAUAUUUGCAUCUCUGGCAGUUCGAAAUGGUUUUCAUAAAUAUUUUCGGCAUUUAUCACCUGGAUUAAACGAAGUUGUGGAAAAAUUUAUUAGGCUUCAGGAAGAAAGUGGUCAUUCACUUGUCGACGAGUUGUAUCUAAUGGUGGAAACUGAAUGUGAAGAAGUGGAAGAUGUCGAAGUACCAAAAGCAUUAGGAGACGUAUUUGAAUCUGUAGCAGGAGCAAUAUUUUUAGAUUCUGGCAUGUCUCUUGAUGCCGUUUGGAAAGUAUAUUAUAAAAUGAUGAAAACGGAGAUUGAACAAUUUAGCAAUAAGGUACCCAAAUCGCCUAUAAGAGAACUUCUGGAAUUGGAACCUGAGACGGCCAAAUUUGGCAAACCAGAAAAGUUAGCGGAUGGUAGGAGAGUUAGAGUUACAGUAGAAGUAUUUGGGAAAGGUUUGUUUAAAGGAAUUGGUCGUAAUUAUCGUAUUGCAAAAUGUACAGCGGCUAAAUGUGCACUUAAACAUCUUAAACGACGUGGCCUAAUACGAAAAAUUGAUAACUGAUACAAAUCCAGAAAUUCAAAGAUACUGAAAAAAAGAAUUAACUAACACCUAUUAAUGGUUCUAGUAAAAUUUUUAGUAACGCAACAUACAAAUAAUUUUAUAUAGAUAAAUAUGCAAGUAUAUUUAUUUUUAUAAAACUCAUAUAUUGACUGCAUUUUAGGCAUAUAUUAGUGGUCAAAUUAUUGUGACCCCACCAACGAUUUCACAUUAUCUUUGUUAAUUGUUGUAAAUGUAAAUACUCUUAGGUAAGCAAUAAACUGUGGUUUGACCAUUGAUAUAUAUUCGAAUAUAAUAAUAGAAACAUUUUAAAAAGGGUGGCUUUUAACGUAAUGCAAACGGUGCAAUAUUACAAUUUACAUAUAGAAAAUAUUGUAGUGCCAUGAUGUAGUAAUAGUUUUUCACAUAUACAUCAAGUAUUAGACGAAUUCGUAUAUUUAAUAAAAUAGAUCUCUACAAAUCUACACAUUACUGUUAGUGGAACAAAUUUAAAAUUUUCUUUCAAGCGACUUGUUUAAUGUUUUUUUUUUAUUUCACUAUUCCCGUUAAUAUUUCGUAAAUAUCUGCAUUAUUCAUAAUAUUAAUAUCUGUGAUCUUAAUAAGAAAAUAUAUCUUAUUUGAACAGAAUACAUAAAUUAUCAAUACAUGAACGCACGAUCCAUAGGUAUAGAAGAAUAUACAAAAUAAGAAAUCAAAAAUGAAACUAUCCGUACUUAAAUUUUAAAUAAAACAUUAUUGCUCACUACCAAAUAUAAGUUUUACACUAGACUACAUGUGUAAUAAGUGACCUGGUGGCAUUUCUAUAAGUUUUUUUUUGCCCAGUCACAAUGCAUAAGUUUUUUUGCUCUAUCACAAUGUAAAGUGGACCACUAAACAUUUAUUUUUAGGUAGGUGACUUAAGGAUAGAUGUUCUAGAUGAUUUUUUUUUUCUUACUAUUGGCUUUUCAAUUCACAUACCUACCUAGAUACUGCUAGGUUGGAAAUAAUUUUACCACUCUUAUCGAAUCACUUAAUGCAGUGGUUCAAUUGAGUGCUAACUUUUAGCUAACGUAAAUGUUGUGAAUUGAAAAGCUCAUUUGUUUUUAGUAGCAUAUCGUUAUUGUUAUAUAUAUA